AUGUCGAUUAAGAACUGGACGAGAACGAUUUUCAAGUUUAACGAUUUGGUUGAGGUAUCACUUUAUCGCUCAUCGAGAACCCGGCUUCAAGUUGCCGUCGGCAAUGUGCCCGGUCCGAUGGUCAAGGGCGUCAUUUCGUUUGUGACCGAGGCUGACAAUAAUGAUGGCUUGCCACACACAUUGGAACAUCUCGUCUUCAUGGGGUCAAAGAAAUACCCAUACAAGGGUGUACUUGAUAUCAUCGCCAAUCGCUGUUUGGCCAGUGGUACGAAUGCGUGGACCGAUCAGGAUCAUACCGCUUAUACUUUGUCAACGGUGGGAAGUGAGGGCUUCUUCAAGGUGCUGCCGAUCUACUUAAAUCAUCUUCUGGAUCCAUCACUUACCAAUGAACAAUUUCUCACUGAGGUUCACCAUAUCAACGGUCAAGGCGAAGAUGGAGGAGUGGUCUAUUCCGAGAUGCAAGAUCACGAGAGUGAGAUGGAGACAAUCGUUCAUGUAAAGGCUCAACGCUUGCUGUAUCCAGAAAAUAACCCUUACGGCGUGAACACCGGGGGAGAAUUGAAAUACUUGCGAGAAACUUGUUCAAUCGAUAAGUGCCGCGACUACCACAAGAAAUUCUAUCAUUUACAAAACAUGUUGGUCUCGGUGGCUGGAACAUUUGAGCACGAGCGUUUAUUGGAGAUCAUGUCUCAAAUUGAGGAAAGCUACCUUGAGAAGAUACCGUCAGCUUUUGCUCAACCGUUUUCCUUCACGCUUCCGCCAAUCGCACAGAAUCAAGAAGUUUAUAUCCCUUGCCCUGCCGAUGAUCCAACAAGGGGAAUCGUCGAGAUUCAUUGGUUCGGACCGAAUUCUGAUGAACACGAGGUUGUUACAGCUCUUCAUAUCUUGUUUGAUUAUAUGGAGAAUACGGCCGUAUCGCCAUUGCAGAAAGAUUUUGUUCUCAUCUCGGACCCAUUUGCUUCCAAUGCUACCUUCUCUGUUAAUGAACAAAAGUCUUGUGUGAUCACACUUUCCUUCCAAAACGUCCCCAGCAAUAAAAUCAGAGAAGUUGCAAAGAAAUUCUUUGACAAAACGUACAAUGAUCAUUUGGUUGAUGAUGCUUUCGAUUUGCCGAGGAUGAACGAUAUUAUUGAACAACACAUUCUCUCAACUUUGGCUAAGGCGGAAAAUAAGCCGCAUGACGCGAUCUUUGGUCAUUUGAUCGGCCAUCAACUGUACGGUGAAAAUCGAGAUGAUUUGCUGUUGAAGCGUUUGGAUGAGAUUGCAACUUUGCGCCGCUUGAAGAAAGAAGAUGCCAGCUUUUGGGUUAACCUGUGGAAGAAGCAUCUGAGUCAGCCGUAUGUUCUUGUUGGUGGUCUUCCCGAUGAGAAAUUGGUCGAUGAGAUCGCUGAUAAAGAAACACAACGAAUUGAUGAACAAAAGAAGAAACUUGGCAGUGAUGGGCUCAAACAGAAAGAAAAGGAUCUCAAUGAUGCGACUAAAAAGAACACGGAGUCGAAGCCACCACAAGUUUUAUUGGAUGAACUAAUUGUUCAACAGCUCGAGAAGAAGUGUCAAAAGAAAGCACAAAAAUACGACCUCGAGAAACUCCCGCUCGCAACUAUGCUCCACUUCACAGAACCGAAAUUUUUCCAGAUGUAUCUUCUGCUUGAUACGCUCAAGCUAUCAGAUGAACAAAAGAAGUGGCUGAUGUUAUUCACCGAGUUGAUGUUCGACUCUCACACUUAUGUUGAUGGUCAAUUGUGGUCGGCUGAGGAUAUGGCCAAGAUGUUGAUUCGGCGCGCUUCUCGAACUUGGCAAAAUGGGGGAGAGAUCUUCACAAAGGGAAUCCAUUAUGACGCAAAGAGAAUCAAGAUGAUUGCUCAAAGAUUGGCUUCACUUGCACGAGAGAGCAAACGGGAUGGAGUUGAGCAAGUUGAACGAGCUUCGAUCAGUCCUUUGGAUGGCGGUGUAAAUAUUCAUCUUGUGGGCGACACGAGCACUCUAACAACACCAAAUCUGCCAAUUUGGGAGUCAUUUAAGAAGGAUAAUGCCAGCUUUUUCAAUGUUCCAAUGGAUCCCGUUAAGGAAUAUGAACGAACCAAGGAAGUUGUGGAGGGAGCCAUCGCUGCUGGGAAAAAGAAGAUGGUAUUUCGAAUUCGGCACGCGAACGUGAUUCUCGGGCAAUUCCCUGAACUGGCGAUGCAAAGUUUAUCAAUGACCUUUGCUCAAAGCUCUGGGAUGCUUCAG